AUGCGAUUCUCUCCCCUCUUCUCGACCCUCAUCUUCACAGUUUCCAGCUUCACCCGCGUUCGGGCCUCCUCACGUCUCACAUCCACACUCCGCGUUCGCAACACACCUCUACGCGCUUCCAUGCCCAUCCCUUUCAUCAGCUCGUUCUUUAGCUCCUCGUCUCCUUCCGAGAAGAUGUCUUACCCCGAUCAGCGGACCAGCGACGAGUGGCGCGCCGUCCUCAACAAGGAGCAAUUCCGCAUCCUCCGCGAGAAGGGCACCGAGGCCCCCGGCUCCGGCGAGUUUGACAAGCACUACCCCUCCGAGGGCGUCUACGCAUGCGCCGGCUGCUCUGCACCCCUCUACAAGGCCAACCACAAGUUCAAGUCGGGCUGCGGCUGGCCUGCCUACUUCGACAGCCUCCCCGGCGCCGUCACCCGCCACGAGGACCGCGCAUUCGGCAUGGCGCGCACUGAGAUUGUCUGCACCAACUGCGGGGGCCACCUCGGCCACGUCUUCAAGGGGGAAGGGUUCCCCACGCCGACUGACGAGCGACACUGCGUCAACAGCGUCAGCCUGACCUUCUCGCCCGAAGACAAAGCGAAGGCGGAGGCGGAGGGCGCUGCGAGAGAAAGCAAGGCUUGA